CGGGGCGCGGAGGAGGCGGAAGAGGCCUGGAUGGAACGGUCGGUCCCGGACGAGACCAUUCGCGCGGGCAGGGGUGAGUGGCGAAGUUCUCGCCAUGGCCCGAACUCCGAAACUCGUGUUGCUGUUUAGUGGCAAGAGAAAGUCGGGCAAGGACUUCGUGGCGGAGGAAAUCCAGAGCCGUUUGGGACCUGAUAUUUGCACUAUCCUUCGCCUCUCGGGACCCCUGAAACAGCAGUAUGCAAAGGAACAUGGCUUGGAUUUCCAGCGCCUCCUGGAUGCCAGCGACUACAAGGAGAUGUAUCGGCAGGACAUGAUCCGCUGGGGAGAGGAAAGGCGCCAGAACGACCCCGGUUUCUUCUGCCGUAUUGUGGUCGAGGGCGCCGUGCAACCCAUCUGGUUAGUGAGCGACACGAGGCGGCUCUCGGACGUGGAGUGGUUCCGGGACGUGUACGGGGACGUGGUGCAGGUUGUGCGUGUCAUUGCUACUGAGGAGACCCGGAAAAGACGCAACUGGGUUUUCAUAGUGGGAAUUGAUGACGCGGAAUCCGAGUGCGGCUUGGAUCAAGGCGUGCACUUCGACUGGGUCAUCACCAACGACGGAGACGAGCUGUCCUUCGAAGCCCAGCUGGAGAAGCUGCUCCAGUUUGCCCAGAGCAAGCUGUAGCCACGGCCGAGCCGCUGUUUCCACCCUGCCUCCUCUCCCACGAUUCUCCAGGAGCUGGGCUGAGACGGGGCCGACGCACCAAAGAGGGAGGAUCCGGGAAACGUUGACGCUGCAGCUGGAGGUCCCAGGCCAGGCUUGGCUGGGCAGGAUCAAUCCCAGGGAUGUGGAAUCCCCUCUCCUGUUAUGUUUGUGUCUGUGUUGCAAGGAAGAGUCCAGUCCGGUGUUGCCAGUUCUCCCCCUUCCCGCAAUCCGGCAGGGGCAUAUGUCCGCCCUGACCCAGCCAGCCGACCUGCCGUGAUGUGUCUCUCCCUGCUGGGGGGUGGGGUGCCCAGUGCACCCCUCUCCGGCAUGGGUGCCGGCUCUGACCGGCAGCGGUGGCCCACUCUGCAGGAAGCGUGGCGCGUCCAUCUCGCCUCGGCCCUCUCCGGAUGCCACUUACAUUUGUAAGGCUUUCCACCACCAGGGGCAGUGCACAGCACACGAUUUAAUGUUGUAAUUGCAAUUAAUUCCAUGCCUGCGGCCGUGGAGCAUCACUGCACGCUUCACGUGCCCCGGUCCACUCACCUGCGGCAGGACAGGGAUCCCAACGGAGGCAUGUUGCUGCAGAUGAAGAAUCUCAGUCCCACUUUCCCCACUUCCAGACCUGAGCUGUUUUUUCCUUCUAGAUUGAGAAUGUUUCUAACACUGCUUUAGUCUCUUCUAAAUCCACCCACCAUGUUGCUAAGGUGGAGGGACCUAAAAACAAACAAAAAAACCCUGUGCCUUAAUCUGAAUUGCUGUCUAUAGGUUGCCCAGCCCUGUUUUUAUCUCCUCGGCUUCCAGAAAUCCUUGCCAAAUCCUGAACUUGCUUUCUCGGCUUGCCAGCUUCUCUCCUGAGAGAGGCUCCUAUGCUAUUUGGCAGCAGAGUGAGAGGAGGGGAGGGGAGCUCCCCGCAAGGACCAGGUCGUGGGGGAGCAAAGCCCAUCAGGUCAUUGACCUGUGAUGGAAUUCCCAUAAAAGACCCCAAAAUAAGUUUUUCAAACUAAGUUGCUGCAAGCUGAUUUUGGCAUCCUCAGAAUGGCAUGGCAGCUUUUCCAAGGAAAAUAGUUGGCAGCUGCAGAGAAACAGGGUUCAAACUGAAACAUUCCUGGCCAGGCGUUGGUGGCUGAAGGAGCCAAGGGGUGCUCAGACUGCAGGAAGGGUGUAUAAAUGUUUCGUCUGUGUUGAGAAGGUAGUUAUCUGGCCCGCACAGGAAGCAGAGCUGUGGUCUGGCCAGAACACUGCUCCUCAGCCUGUCCCUGGGCUACAGAAAAAGUUGCUUUUUCCUAGUUUCGUAUCUCUAUGGAUCCAAACACCAGCCCUGCUUCUUUUGCCUCCGCGACCACCCAGUUAUUUGCUGACGCCACUCGCUUCUGAAUCAGUUGCUUGCCACCUCCGUCUCCUCCCCCUCCGUUUGGGGAGAGAGAAAAUCGUUGUGUUCCCAAUAAAGGUUUGGGUUGGUGAAACCUC